UGACGGGUGACAGAUUAUCGCUUAACAAAAUUUUUAUAUUAAAGAAUUGUGUUUUUAUAUUUGUCGAGCAUCAUUUGAAAACUAUUUUAUUUUAUUCGCUUUAAGUCUUGGACGUGUGUUAAAUUUAAUAAUUAAAAAAAAAACCGUGAUAAACAUGGGUAGAAAAAGUAAACCCAGACACCUCUCUGUAAGCUCAGUGUAUUUUUUUAAUUGGCGUUUGUUGUUCUAAUUUAUUUUAUAAAAUAAGAACGGAUGAUUUCAAAAUAUAACAUCAUAUUUACUUAGUAUUUAUGUUUUGUGAAGAUAUCGAAUCCAAUUACGAUGAUAAAUAUUAAUAAAAGGAAUAAAAAAAGCAAAAAGACAUUGAUGAAGAACAGAAAAAGGUGUAUCCAGACAUUGUUCAAUCAACUUCGCAAUGAAACUAAUUCACUUAACAGCACUAUCAUUGAAGUAGACCUUGAGUGUUCUAAACUUCAAGAGCAAAACACUAAUAAACACGAUGAAAGUCUGAUAAUUAUAGGCGACGAUGAUGACCUCAUAAACAAUGACUUGUGCCCCAUCGAGUGCUCAACACCAAAUACCCGAAGAACGAACGAAGAUGCCAAUAACUCCAUAAAAAGCAAUCACGAAGAUGUCAUCAACUUAACUAAGGAAAUUAAUAUAGAUUCUUACUUAACUAUAGACCUUACAAACGACAGUUUAAACGGGACCGGCCAGUUCGGGAACACUGUCAUAGAUUUAGAUAGUAGCAAACAAACAGCUACACUGUCCACCGACAGUAUAUCUAUGAGCGGUGACUCGGAUGUAACAGUUAUUAACAUGAAAGAAAAAAGUAAAAACAAUAAAGAUAUUAAGAGGUUUGUUAAUGGCAUAUCAAAAAUGAGUUCCUGGGAGAAGGGUCGCUUGUUAGAGGUCAUCACACAGAAGAUAUUCAAUGGAUGCAAAAGUCCUUGCAGUACAAGGAGUUGGAACAGCUUCAAGAAUAGAAUAGAAGGUGAGGAGACGGAAGAGAAUCUGUACAUAAAGGAAGUGAUUCUUGGCAAAUCCCCUUCCCGUAAUAGUAUUGGCAGUAACAUCUACAACCCCGUGCGAGACAAACGGAACAGGACCGGAUUGAGGAUGGUAGUGAUCGACGGAAGUAAUGUAGCAAUGCAGCACACUAAGGGGCGGGUGUUCUCAGUGAGAGGUCUCAAGAUCUGCAUUGAUUAUUUUGUCAAACGCGGUCACAUUGUAAAGGCAUUUGUGCCUCACUUCAGGUGUAGGCACGGUAAAAGCACUGAUGGUAAGCUGUUAAGUGAACUGGAAAGGCAGCAGCUGGUGGUGUACACUCCGUCUAGAGAGGUGCAAGGAAAACUUAUCACCUCCUACGAUGACAGAUACAUCGUCCAGUGCGCCGCGGAGUUCGACGGGGUCAUAGUGUCCGGUGAUAACUACAGAGAUUUACUUCAAGAGAAUCCGAGGUGGAGGUUUGUCAUAGAGAACAGACUUCUCCCGUUCACAUGGGUGGGGGACAUGAUCAUGUUCCCCAAGGAUCCCCUCGGCAGACACGGACCCCCCCUUGAGCAGUUCCUCAGGCAUCCAUCAUAGUUCACUGGCAACAUGCUAGAAUUAUCAUCUAUAGUUUAAAAAAAAAUUACGUCUCUGAUAUUCCGUCUCUAUAACAAACUUUGGGUAUUUAGUUAAACUGUUUCCAUCGACUAUACGGUUUGUUGUGUAGACUUAUAUCAGGGUUCGCUGGAAAUAUUAUAUAUGUCAAUCAUAAAAAUUCUCAUAUAUAUAUAUAUAUAUAUAUAUAUAUAUAUAU